AUAAAUCAUCGGACUGUCCAUUUCGGCAAUCGGAAGAAUUAUCAUCAAGGGGUAAAGAACCCAGUGCAAUUUAUUCAGGGAAGAUUUAAAACACACCAUAUCAACAUGAGAGAAAUUGUUCACAUGCAAGCCGGCCAGUGCGGCAACCAAAUUGGAGCCAAAUUCUGGGAAGUUAUAUCAGAUGAACACGGAAUUGAUCCAACAGGAACAUACCAUGGGGAUUCAGAUCUUCAACUAGAAAGAAUCAAUGUGUACUACAACGAAGCCACUGGCGGCAAAUAUGUACCACGUGCUGUUCUUGUUGACUUGGAACCCGGAACCAUGGAUUCCGUCCGAUCCGGGCCAUUUGGACAGAUCUUCAGACCUGAUAACUUUGUGUUCGGACAGAGUGGAGCAGGAAACAACUGGGCAAAGGGACAUUACACUGAAGGUGCCGAGUUGAUUGACUCUGUGUUGGACGUUGUAAGAAAGGAGGCUGAGUCAUGCGACUGUAUUCAGGGAUUCCAACUUACACACUCCCUCGGUGGAGGUACCGGGGCUGGUAUGGGAACCCUCCUUAUCAGUAAAAUCCGCGAAGAGUACCCAGACAGAAUCAUGAAUACAUUCUCAGUUGUGCCAUCACCAAAGGUAUCAGACACAGUUGUCGAACCAUACAACGCCACAUUGUCCGUCCACCAACUUGUUGAGAACACUGAUGAAACUUACUGUAUCGAUAACGAGGCUCUUUACGACAUCUGCUUCAGAACUUUGAAACUGACCACACCAACAUACGGAGACUUGAAUCAUCUCAUCUCUGCUACCAUGUCCGGUGUAACCACAUGUCUACGUUUCCCAGGUCAGUUGAAUGCCGAUCUUCGUAAAAUUGCUGUCAACAUGGUCCCCUUCCCCCGUCUGCACUUCUUCAUGCCUGGGUUCGCUCCCCUUACCUCCCGUGGUAGCCAACAGUACAGAGCUCUGACAGUACCCGAGCUCACCCAACAGAUCUUCGACGCCAAGAAUAUGAUGGCUGCCUGUGAUCCACGUCACGGUAGAUACCUCACGGUUACCUCAAUCUUCAGAGGACGUAUGUCCAUGAAAGAGGUUGACGAACAGAUGUUGAACGUCCAAAACAAAAACAGCAGCUACUUCGUUGAAUGGAUUCCCAACAACGUCAAGGUCGCCGUCUGUGAUAUCCCACCACGUGGUCUCAAGAUGUCUGCCACCUUUAUUGGAAACACCACUGCCAUCCAGGAACUGUUCAAGCGUGUCUCAGAACAAUUCACCGCUAUGUUCCGACGAAAGGCUUUCUUGCAUUGGUACACUGGUGAGGGUAUGGAUGAGAUGGAAUUCACUGAAGCCGAAUCCAACAUGAACGAUUUGGUGUCUGAAUAUCAACAAUACCAGGACGCUACCGCAGAAGAGGAAGGAGAGUUCGACGAGGAGGGUGAAGAAGAGGAGGCAUAGACAGCAUAGAUACCACCACGUGCUUGCGUGACGUCACAUCCUGUCACAUGACAAAAACAUUUAUUUUCAUAAUUCCGUCCAUUCUUUCUUACAUAAACAUUUUGAAACAAACAACGAGUGAAGGAAAUUGUAUACAUUUUACAUAACAUUUUAUACAACCUUUACAAAAGAAAUAAAACAUUAAAUAUUUAUACAAUUUAGUUAUUUAGAUCUUCAUUUUAUAACAAAACUGGAAUAUACGUAACUUCUUAAA